AUGGAAUUGGGCGCCUGCGGCAAGAAGACACGAAAUCAUCGGGUUCUGAAAUUUAAUUUUGCUCGCCUGAAAGGUGCUGGAAACUGUGGAGCAGUGUCUGCAGAUACAGAUAUUACAGAGCCCAAUAUCAGUUGUGACUCUUGCAUACGCACGGACUAUCGUAGGACAGAAGAUCACCACCUAGGGGCAGGUGUUAUUUUCAAAACAGCAGUGGUAUCUGCAGAAUAUCUCAUUGACAUGUCCAGAUUUAAUCCUGAAGAUUAUCCAAGUAAAGAUUGUGAUGAAAGGGUGAGAAUAGAGCGGGCGAGAGAAAUUGCAGAAUGUAUUGAGCCACCACCUGGAUUUCUCCCAUCUGCUCAUAUCCAGAUCGCGCGUGAUGAAUUCACGGCAUUUUUCCAAUCACGUCUGAAUUUCUAUCCAUUAGCGUUCUCAACGUGUCGGCAAAUAGACAUGAUUCUGUCGUCAGGAAUACCAAGAACUGUUCACACCCAAGUGGAUUAUAUUCAUUGUCUGGUGCCUGACCUGCUGCAAAUUACUUCUUCUUCAUUUUAUCGGGGUAAAAUGGAUCGUUAUGCGGCAGAGCGAUUGUUGGAGGGCAAACCUGAGGGUACAUUUCUUUUUAGAGAUUCUGCACAAGAUGAAUAUCUGUUUUCAGUUAGUUUUAGAAAAUACGGGCGAUCUCUGCACGCACGCAUUGAACAGUGGAAGCACCGCUUUAGUUUUGAUUCACAUGAUCGGGGUGUAUUUGCUUCACCAACAGUUUGUGGUCUCAUUGAGCAUUUUUUUUUUUACCGAUGCUUACAACCAGUGCACAGAAAUUUCACAAUUCCCCUGCGACACUUGUGUCGAGCUGGUGUAUGCAGCAGGGCCACGUAUGAUGGAUUAAAUCAGUUAAACUUGCCUACGUCUCUGAAAUCCUAUUUUAAAGAGUGUCGUUACAAACAACGUGUGCGAGUAAGACGACUUGACUCACAACAGUAA